CCGAAGGCGUGGGGUUGAAGGGCAAGAAGUGCCGGCAUCAUGGCGGCCUCCGCGCAAGGCUUGGCUUGCGGGCAGUUGCGGCUCGGCACCGCCGGCUUGUGCUGCGGCCGUCAGUCUCGGGGUCUGUACGCUCGCGUGCGGCGGCUGCCCGGGCCUGAGGUGUCUGGGCGGAGCGUGGCCGCGGCCAGCGGACCGGGCGCCUGGGGCACUGACAGCUACUGCCUGGAGCUGCUGCGGAAACGGGACUAUGAAGGUUAUUUAUGCUCCCUGCUGCUCCCUGCAGAAUCCCGAAGCUCUGCUUUUGCACUGAGGGCCUUUAAUGUGGAACUGGCUCAGGUUAAAGACUCAAUCUCUGAGAAAACAAUUGGACUGAUGCGAAUGCAGUUUUGGAAGAAAACUGUGGAAGAUAUAUACUGUGACAAUCCACCACAUCAGCCUGUGGCCAUUGAACUAUGGAAGGCUGUUAAAAGACAUAAUCUGACUAAAAGAUGGCUUAUGAACAUCAUUGAUGAAAGAGAAAAAAAUCUAGAUGACAAAGCAUAUCGUAACAUCAAGGAACUGGAAAAUUAUGCUGAAAAUACACAGUGCUCUCUUCUUUACUUAACACUAGAAAUAUUGGGUAUAAAGGAUCUUCAUGCAGAUCAUGCUGCAAGUCAUAUUGGAAAAGCACAAGGCAUUGUCACUUGCUUGAGAGCAACGCCAUAUCAUGUGAGCAGAAGAAAGGUGUUCCUUCCCAUGGAUAUUUGUAUGCUGCAUGGUGUUUCACAAGAGGACUUUCUACGGAGGAACCAACAUAAAAAUGUGAGAGAUGUAAUAUAUGACAUUGCCAGUCAGGCACACCUGCACCUAAAACAUGCUAGGUCCUUUCACAAAAGUGUUCCUGUGAAAGCAUUUCCUGCUUUUCUUCAAACAGUUUCUCUAGAGGACUUUCUAAUGAAAAUUCAGCGAGUGGAUUUUGAUAUAUUCCACCCAUCUUUACAGCAGAAGAAUUCAUUACUUCCAUUAUAUUUGUAUAUUCAGUCAUGGAGAAAAAUAUAUUAAAAUAAUUCAUGGCACUGAUGUUAA